AAAUAGGUUUGUCAUGCCGAAAAAUAGCGAUGUACUGACGAAUAUAUCUUUAUCCAGUGAUAGUGAAUACGAUCACGCAUUAGCCGACAAAAUUGCAGAGGAAGCCGCCGCAGCUGUUAGAUCGAACUAUUUGAUAACUAGCGCAAGUGGUCAAGUGGCAGAAGACUUUUCUGAUAAUCUGCAUGGAGCAUCUGCAGAUGCGGGAAUCAUUUCAAUAACAAAUGGCCAUGCAAACGGUCACAGCACACCAAAUGGGAUAUCCUCAAAGCCAAUAGACGAAGAGGACGAGUCAACACGCCUAAUUGAUCAGAUCUUAGAUCUGCAAAAAACUUUAGAUGAUCUGACGUACAGAAUGGAUUCAAUAAAGGAGGACAAUUUGGUUCUGAAGUCUGAAAAUCAAGUGUUGAGUCAGUACAUAGAAGACGUAAUGAAAGCAUCGUCAUCAUUCCAGCAAACAUCGCCCAAAUCUCGAAAGAGCCGCAAAAUCAGAUCAAGAAGUGGGAAAAGAUGAGAAUGAAACGAUAGACUAGCUUGCAGUUGUUCUAUUGAAAUGCAAUAAUUGAAGGUGAAAAGCCUGACCAGUCGUGCUACUUAUCGUAAAUUUAGCAAUGCCUAUUUAGAAAUGUCAAUAAAUUUUUAUCUGGUGAUGAAGUUAUCUUGAUGAUGCAUAGCAUGUUAAAAAUAUUUAUUUUGAAAUUUACUUUUUGCGUUGACCCAGAUUUCUGGAAAUUAUUUUCAUGGAAACAAGCGGUAUUCAUUGCAAAAAAUCCACAAUUUAUCUUGUUUGAGACGAA